AUGUCACCAAUUAAAUGUUCUUUAUCAGUUUCAACCCAAUCAAAAACACCCCAGUUUGAUUUAAAAACUUAUUGGACAACCUUGAUUCAAGAAAUCAAUCAGAAACUAGACCAAGUCGUUCCUAUUGAGUAUCUAGAUAAGAUUUAUGAAGCCAUGAGGUAUUCUGUUCUUGCUAAAGGUGCUAAAAGAGCUCCUCCUGUUAUGUGUGUUGCUUUUUGUGAGCUCUUUGGUGGUAAUCGUCUUGCUGCCUUCCCUACUGCAAUGCGGUUUUCUUAUGAGAAAGGCGAAUUGUAA